GAAGGAAGCCAUAGUGACACAAGCCGAAAACUUUGUGGAUCGACCAUUCAAUGCAAUGGCCGACAGGGUUUAUUUAGGGGACAAAGGGGGUCUGUUCAUGAGCAACGGUGAAACAUGGAAGAGACAGCGUCGCUUCGCCUUGUCUACUUCACUGAGUCCAAUCUGGCUCUGAACUCUCUGGAUCUGUUCCUGGCUGGAUCGGAGACAACCUCCACCACUUUGCUGUGGGCUUUGGUUUUCCUGAUAAAAUACCCCGAUAUCCAGGACAAAGUCAAGGUAGAAAUAGACAGAGUGAUCGGACGGACCCGACAGCCCAGUAUGGCAGACAGACCCAACCUGCCCUACACUGAUGCUGUCAUCCACGAGAUCCAGAGGAUGGGAAACAUUGUUCCUCUCAAUGGACUAAGAAUGGCUUCCAAAGAUACGACGCUGGGCAAUUACUUGAUACCUAAGGGUACGUCCUUGAUGCCCAACCUAACCUCUGUGCUGUUUGACAAAUCUGAAUGGGAAACUCCAGACACCUUCAACCCUGGACACUUCCUAGAUGCUGAGGGAAAGUUUGUGAAGAGAGAAGCUUUCCUGCCUUUCUCUGCAGGGAAACGUAUGUGUCCCGGAGAAGGCCUGGCCAAGAUGGAGCUGUUCCUGUUUUUGAUCGGUUUACUACAGAAGUUCUCUUUCUGUGUUCCUGAUGGAGUAGAGUUGAGUACAGAAGGAGUAACUGGAAUUACACGUGUACCACACCCCUACAAGGUCUACGCCAAGGCUCGCUGAAUUAUGUUACAUCUCAAUGAAUAAUUUGAAACAUUCAACAGUGUGUAAUAAACUGGACUCAUCUCAACCUUUCACUGUUGUGUAAUUUUCUCAUUUACUGAUGACCUUUAUUCUCUCUGCCUGUACAUUUAAUUACUGUGAUUAAGGUAUAUUUUUACAUUAAAC